GUGAUGGAUCCAACCUCUCCCCACCUUCCUCCAACCCUGGUGUCCUCCCUGGGCCACCCUCCACCCCUGUGGUCACCAACGUCACCAAGAACAGCAUCACCUUGAGCUGGAAAAGGCCAGAGGACAUCGGUGCCACCGAUGUCACCUCCUACGUAGUGGAGGCUUUCAGCCAGGCGGUGGGUGGCCCAUGGCAGACGGUGGCGACUGACGUGAAAGGUGAGACCCACACGGUGGGUGGCCUCGUCCCCGACACCGUCUACAUCUUCUUGGUGCGGGCGGCCAACGCCUAUGGGCUCAGCGACCCCAGCGGCAUCUCGGAGCCCGUGCGCACCCAAGAUACCAGCCCCACCCAGCAAGACCUGGACCCCAAGCAGAUCCAACGGGAGCUGGCUCAAGUCACCGUGCACCUACAGGAACCCGUGGUGCUCCCGUUGGGCGCCGUCCGCCUCUCCUGGACCGUGGAGCACCCAGCACCCUUCCUUCAGGGUUACCGGGUGCUGUACCGGCGGCGUGGUGGGCGCUGGGAGGAGACACGGGUGAUGCGGGCACCCGGAGAACGAGGAGCUCUCCUCACCGACCUGCUCCGUGGUCAAGACUAUGAGGUCAAGGUCCAACCCUUCUUCCAUCAUCUCCAUGGUCCCGACAGCGCCGUACGCACCAUCCGCAUGCCCGAGGCGGCCCCCAGUGCUCCACCACGAGCCGUCAGCGUGGCCGGUAACGGCACCAGUGUCCUAAUCUCAUGGCAGCCACCGCCCCCGUCUGAGCAGAACGGUGUCAUCCGUGAUUACCGUAUCUGGUGUUUGGGCAACGAGAGCCGAUUCCACAUCAACCAGAGUGUUGAGGGGACGGUGCUGGCCACGGUUCUACGAGGACUUGUCCCCGGUGUCCCUUAUCACGCUGAAGUCGCCGCUGCCACCAGCGCCGGCGUGGGCACCCGCAGUGCCCCCGUCCCCAUCCGCGUCGCUCUCCCGGUGGAGCGGGACGUGGGGUCGGCGCGUGGGAGCAACAUGGCUGAACGUUUUGCCGAGGUGGCCAAGCAGCCGGCCUUCAUCGCCGGCGUUGGUGGAGCUUGUUGGGUCAUCCUCGCCGCCUUCGCCGCUUGGCUCUACGGUCGCCGCCGGAGGAAGAAAGAGUUGAGUCACUUCACCGCCUCCUUCGCCUACACACCCACUGGUAAGUCCAUCUGCGCUGCGGGGACUCGGGCAGCCACCAGUGGUGGUUACCCGUGGUUGGCGGACACGUGGCGUGGUGGUGGCACAACCACCGGUUGCUUGGGGACUGCUGAGAGAUACUACAACGACGCCGGGAUCACCCGUUACAUCGCCCAGACGGAGCAAUUUGGGGCGGGGGCCGGUGAGGGGCCGGUUUACAGCACCAUCGAGGUGGACGGCGAGGAGCUCCACACCUUUCCCCGUCCCUUCUCGCAGCAUGGGACCCCCUACACCCCUGGAUGUCCCCAACAGAUGGAUGUCCCACCUCCUCAGGCACCCUGUGGCCGUGCUGAGCAUGGUAGGAUGGUGGGAUGGGUGGAGGACACACCUAUGGGUGCUGGUGGUGUGGUUCUCUCCUCACAGCCUGCUCUGACCUCCUUCCACGCCGUAGGGGCCAAGGGGAAGAAGUUGGGGCAAGUGGUGAAACCACCAGUGGUGAGUUGGAUGGAGCUGCUGCCUCCACCACCCUCGGCCAGUGAGCUCAGCCGCUGUGCCCAGGAGGAGGAAGAGGAGCAGGAGGAGGAGAUGGAGGAGUGGUACCCCGGUGAAGAUGUCCCCUGUGCCACCGCUGCGUCCUCGCCUGCUGCCUCCUCUGGUUGCCGGUCCACCGCCACGCUGACGCCAUCACCUCAUGCCACCGAGGACAUCCCUCGCCUCCGGGACUUUGAUAGCCCCCGUCUGCUCCG